GUACGCCGUUUGCAGCCUUCGGCUGGUCGUGUCAUGACGUCACUUUUUCUCUCUCUUUGCCGACAGUAGAGUCGAGUCUAACUCAGGACAAGGUGCGGGAUGGUAGAGUGAUUUCACUUCAGCUACGGUUAACACUGAAUCUCCACCAAUAAAGUGCUAAAUAUCUCGUGAGUGAAGAUUUCGUUAGGACCCAUCAUGAUAAUCUCACAAAUACUUAAAUGAGAGACUGAUUUAUGUUCUUUCCUCGAGAUAAUCAACAUUUAACACCUGUGGAAUUUUGAGAAGGGAUAUGAAAGCAGAAUACAAACAGCAUUUACAUGCACCAAUCGAACUUCUUGUUCCUCCAGUAAUGACCUUCACAUAACAUCAAUGCAGUGUCAAACAUCCAGAAAUAAGUAAAAGUUUGAUGAAAACAAAAUGGCAAAAAAGGUUAACAAAAACCAUUAUGUGGCCAGCUCACCGACAGAGUCCAUGUCUCCUGUGCAUGUACACAGAGGCAUGGCAAGCACUAACAGGGCAUACUCAACAGAUGGUGAGGAAAGCCAGCGUGCACCAUCAGACAGAACCAUGUCCGAGUACAUGAUAGCCAAUGAACGUGCUGCAGCCACCGUGGUGGAGCCUGGCAAUAGCAGGAGCCAUCGCAGAGACCAACAGAGGAAUGGAGCCAGCAAGAUGAAGAGCAGUCACUAUGACAAUGAAGGGUCUGAGAUCUAUGUAACAAGUGCUGCUUAUAAAGCUCCAUCAGAGCUCAGUCGAGGAUCUCGAUACAGUCAUCACAGUCGAACGCCAAGUCACUAUUCUUAUCGCAGUGGCCGAGCUCCAUCUGAAGUUUCAACAGUGAAGACAAAGACUUCACGCAAAGGUGGUCUUGUAGUUGAGACCAUGGCAGCACCAAACCCAUUUUGCCCUAACACCAAGGGAAUUUGUUGUCUCAUGCUGCUUAUCAACUUAGGCCUGAUUCUCGUUACCCUCGGUCUUGUUAUAGUUAUCCAGUUAUUUCAGCCUCUGUUUGUCUGGAUCCUGGGUAUUGUGUUUGUCAUCUUCGGCUUCUUGACAUUAAUAGGAAGUCUUAUAUAUUGUGUUAUCGUCUGUAAAGAUGUCAAGUCACCUAAAGAUGUGUCACCUGAAGAUCUCUACUGGACACAUCACUGGCAAAAGCACAUUGGAUCACCAGAGAUCCACUACAAGGCUGAAGAUAAGUAUCCAGAUGAUCGUUACAGUGAUCGUUAUUCUGUGAGCAAAUAUUCGGGAAAAUACUCAGACAGAGACAGACAAAGUGACCACUACUGAAAUGUCAUUAAAAAUUCUACAUGUGAAAUUAGAGAAAACUGUAACAAUGAACAACGUGUUUCAGUUGGUGUUGAAUCAGGUACUUUCAAGUAAAAAAUUAUCAGUUUUCAAUGCCAUUUUACUGGACCAGUUAUUCAGUUUGUUUUACUAUAGGGCAUCUAAAUACUGUAUAUUUUCAACUUUAUAAUAGCUAGUUUUGUAAAUAACCCAUAAAUCUACAGCCAAUCAUACAUACAUGUAUAUUCAUAACCCAAAAAGCAGAAUGUGCAAAAUUCUCCACCAGAGUUUCCCAUACUGAGACAAAAUUAAUUACAAUUGCAAAAACCAAGAUUUUCCAUUUAUUAUGCAUGCCACUUCUUCAGUAAGUUUGAGAAAUUGUUAGGAAAAUCCAAAGUUCAUUUUAGGUAUCAAACCUCAAUGCAAUGCAGACGUGUACUCAAUCAAAUAUUUACACUAUCAGUUUCUGUGGUUUUUAUAUAAAGUAUUUUCAAUCCAGUGAAUAUCUCAUGAAAAAUGUCAAGUCUCUUCGAUCUUCAAAUACAGAACAUCUUAAUGGGCUAAUACAGUCCAAAUAUUUUUCAGUUCUUCUAAUUUUAUGAAGAAUAUGCCAUAAAAAUUAAAAUAUUUGUACACAGUCUGCCUAAAAUUUUACAUUAAUUUUUGUAAUUUACACACUUGAUACAUACUUAUAAAAUGUAAAUUUUGUGUGUUAAUUAUGCUGAAGUGAUAGUUCCUUCAUAACACAGCCAGACUCUCAUUAUGUUUGUAUCAAAUUAAAUGUUCUAACAGAAGCAUCUCAACAGUUUUCAGCCUGUAAUAAACACCAGCAUUUCUUGUCACUGCGUUCAAACCUUGAUCAAACAACAUUCAUCUCAACUCAUGAUUAUUUUAAACUUUCUAAAACCAAGCACACAUUUUACACUAAAGUGGUGAUAAAAAUAAAAGUUGACAAUAGUUUGAUAGGAGUAAGGGCGCAAGGUAACCUCAUGGAAAGUUCACAGUUUAACUAGCAACAUAACAGCCUCACUAUCCUAUUAAAUGAAUUGUAUUUCCAGUGUUGAUUAUCAUGAUUAUAGCUGAAAUAAAAGUCCUGCCAUUACUGCUGCAAAUUCCAUCAAGCUUGUUUAAAGUAUUAAUACAACAUGAUGAAGCAGCAAAUGUAUCUUUUUGUCCAGGUUUUUCUUAAACUGUACUAAAAUAAUGAAAUUUCUUAUUUAUUGUAAUACUGUUAUUAAUAUAUAUUCAUUAACAAAAAUGUGGGCUAUUAUUAUAACAUUCUCCCAUAUUGCCUCUUUAUUGUAUGAACAAUAAGGGGCCUUCUAAUCUCUUUAAUGGCACAUGGAAGUUAUUACAGAACAAAAAUAAACACUGAAUUAUUCUUGCUUAUCAAUAAUUCAAGUUAUGAAGAUGAAAGGAGGUGACACCAACAUAUUUCUUCUCUUAUUUACCUACAUGACACCACAUGGUGAGUGCUUUAUGUAUUAAACUGCACAUGGCUGCUUAGUGAAAAACAGCAGAAGUGGAAGCAGACCAUAUUAUGCAUUAAAAACUGGCUUAUGAUCUCCUAGCAACAAGACAAGAGAAGAAGACAGACAAAGUUGGAAAACAAAGGUUUUACACAACAGGUAAAAAGAGCAGCAUUCCAGGUUGCAAUUUUAAUCCAAAUUGAUUUCCAGCCAUCAGAGGAUGAUUUGUCAAGUGACAACAUAUUAGUCUGAAAUAACAUGCUGGAUCACAUGGUAUGAAUGUUGACUUUCAUCAUGGUGGUUUUCAAAAUAUAAGCAUGCAUCAAAAUAAUUGGAACAUUUUUGUUUUCCUGCAGAGUAUGUAUAGUGCACCAUUUAUGAACUUCAUAAAUACAGUCAAUACAAAA